CCGUCGCGCACCCGCGGGGCCGUUCCCCGUCCCGGGACGGCCGGGGGCGGGCUCGGUCGGGGGAGGCGGAGCCGGUCCCUCCCUUCCCAAUCCCCGUGCCGGCGCCAUGGCGGGCCCGGGCGGUGCCGGUGCCGGUGCCGCGGACGCCGGGGAUGUGCUGAGCGGCGGCAGCGAGCGGCGGUGCCGGGCGCGGCUGGCGGCGGGGGGCGCGGGGGGCGCGGCGGCCGCGGCCGCGGUGCUGGUGCCGCUGUGCUCGGUGCGCGGCCGCCCCGCGCUGCUCUUCACGCUCCGCUCCCGCCGCCUCGGCGGCCCCCACAGCGGCGACGUCAGCUUCCCCGGCGGGCGGCGGGACCCGGCGGACGCGGACGCGGUGGCCACGGCGCUGCGGGAGACGCGGGAGGAGCUGGGGGUGGCGGUGGCAGCAGCCAGCGUGUGGGGACAGCUGCGGACCCUGCCCGACCGGCAAGGAAUGACCAUAGCGCCCGUCGUGGCCAACCUGGGGCCACUGGAGGCCUUGACACUGACCCCCAACCCCGACGAGGUGGAGGAGGUGUUCACCCUGCCCCUGGCUCACCUGCUGCGGGAGGAGAACCAGGGCUACACCCACUUCCGCACGGCCACCGGCUACGGGUACACCCUGCCUGUGUUCCUGAACGGCCCCCACAGGGUGUGGGGGCUCACGGCCAUCAUCACCGAGCUCACCCUGGAGCUGCUGCUGCCCGGCCGCUACUGCAAGAAGACCCACGUGCCACCCCGGAAACCCGUGGCCUGAGGGAGGAGGGGACAGGGGUGGCUCUGGGGCACCGAAGCCACUGGUGAUGUUGCACACUGUGAUUCAGUAAAAGCCAUGUUUGGAACUGC